CCCGCCCUGCCCUGUCAGUCUCCUCAGCGAGCCGCUCUGCUCCUGUCAGCUGAUUCUGCCCGGGACCGGCCCCUAUACAGACCCCUACAUCGACCCCUAUACAGACCCUACAUCGACCCCUAUACAGACCCCUACACCGCCGACAUGUCAGCAAGCGGGCCUGGAAGCUCAAGCGCUGCCUCUGGCAGUAAUCGCCGACUUCAGCAGGCUCAAAACCAAGUAGAUGAGGUGGUGGACAUUAUGAGGGUGAACGUGGACAAGGUCCUGGAGAGAGAUCAGAAGCUGGCAGAGUUAGAUGACCGAGCAGAUGCGCUGCAAGCGGGUGCGUCCCAAUUCGAGACAAGUGCCGCCAAACUGAAGAGAAAAUACUGGUGGAAGAAUUGCAAGAUGUGGGCUAUAUUGAUUGCCGUGGUGGUCAUCAUUAUCAUCAUCAUAAUUGUGUGGAAUGUCUCUUCAUGAACAACCAGAGAAAUUCAAACCUGCAGUUGGACUAGAAACUUCGAUCAGUCUUCUGACUUUGAUCCUGCUCUAUUAUCAAGCUCUCCUACUGGUAUACCUAAAGCAAAAUUAUUUUUGUUAGUUAAUGUUAAAUGUGGUUUGUAGGAAACGUGCCUUUGGUUUUCUUGUUUUUGAUUCUUAAUACACUCCUAACUAAAAUGCUAUGAGCACAGCCUUCAUUUUGCCUAGCACCUCUGUAAGCGUACAGUUGGGCUGGUGAAUAGGAUUUCUUAUGUUCCAGAGUUUCUCGGCAUAGAAAUGAAGUUGCUAGUAACUUUUCUAGACACAGAAUUUAGAAGAUUUAUUAAUGCUUUUUUUAUUCUUGUACUGAUCCCUCACCCCGAUUUGUAAACUGAUGAGUAAUCAGAUCUCUAACUUGUGCCUUCUUGGAAAAACACUAUUGCCUAGCACAUCUGUGCCUUAUUUUGAUAUUUUUCUUAUUCUUUGUAAAAGAACCCACUCUCCUUGGUAAGCCCUCUUGAGUUUUUUCCACUUUAUUUCCCAGAUGAGGCUGGUUAAAUAAGACAGACCUAAGUUAAAACCUGCGGUAAGAGGCCGUACUCUGCCAGGUCAUUUAAAUCGAAGAUGUCGAGAUGUUUAUGUUUUCUGAUUUGUGACUUGUAAUUACUCAGAAAUAACAGAACCUUUUAAAUGCUUGGUUGUUUUCACACUGUGGACGUUUACCAAAGUUUCUUAUUUUGCCAAAAAGUGAAAGCCCCGAGAAAGCUCGUUCAGUUUGUUCCAGCUAGUUCUGUCAACUGUUGCAUCAGAUUAAAGUGCCAAAUGGAAUUCAGGGUCCUCUGGAAAUGAAAAUUUCAAUAUUGAGGGCAUACUUUGUAUACCUUUACAGGCCUUUUUAUCCCCUUUGAAAUACUAUAGAUCUCUCCCUGUGCCUCUUAAUCCGUUGUUUGUUGGUUUUUCUACUUAGCCAUGAGAGGCGUGACAUGAAAGCCUGUAAAACAGUCUCACUUCCCAUUCCCUCUCUUCCUCCUCCUUCCACUCCUUAGGUAGAAAACAUAUUAUCCUAUAGCUUGUCGAGGAUCAAGUAUCAAUUUCGGUGUGUCGCUAUGGGUUGUAUGGAAAAUAAUUUUGACACCCAAAUUCAACCACCAUGCCUUGUCGACUAUGCCUUCACCAACCCGCACCUCCACUCUCCCAUCUCUCUUUUGUUUUCUGACUUCCACUUGCCAGUGGAGCCUUCUCUAAUUGUCUUUUUGUUUUUGGGCCCCUAAAGGGGUAGCACUUUUCAUACAGAAGAGCUGUAAAAAAAGGAAACUGCACUUUUUUUUUCCUGUACAUUUGGCUUUGUGUGUAAAGUGUGUCUUUAGCAGUAACUAUUUUGUCAUUUUGUCUGCUCCUCCAAAGUUUGCGGAGGCUGUUUGCAUGUAUGUCAGGGCACUUGGGUUGAGAAAGAAAAAGUACAUCAUCUAGACAUAAAGGCCAUAUGAGUAGUUAGAGAGAAAUACUGCAGUCCCCAAAUACCGUUGUCACCUGUUGCUUGGAACAACCUUAAGGUUUUAUUUAGGUAAUUUAUUCCAUUUUCAAACUGGAGAGUAAGGUGUGGAUUUGGUUUCAUGAUAAUAUCUGUUCCUCAAAUACCAAUAAAAUGAUAUAUGCUUGAAUGGAAACCAGUCAGUGGAUACAGCUGGAGUGGGAGAAGAGCCGCCCAUGAAACGGGCAUCACCCACCUCCCCACCUGGUUGUAAUUCUGAAACUGUGGUGCUUUCUCCGUGGCCUUGUCACCAGCCCCAUGUAGCCCUCCAACUGUCGCGUUCCCCCGGUCAUACCCCACUGGUCUCUGACAAUGUGUUGCUGGGCCUCACCUCCCAACCCCUACUGUAAUAAGGCGCUGAAUAAAAUGUUUGUGGACAUUA